GCAGGUAGCUAGGUCCAUUGGACUGGAUCAUGGUUUGGGAAAAUAGUUUGACAGUAGAUGAGCUCCUAAAAUUACGAGAUGAUAAAGUUGAAUGUGAAUUUUGUCUACAAUCUUUUAUUACCGGUGAUAGAAUAAUUCGACACCAGUGUGCAUGCCGUCAUAUUUAUCAUUUCGAUUGUUGUAGUAGAAAUGUAAACCAUUGGCACGAUCGAGUUCGAGGCUUAUGCAUCUCCAGGUGAUUCCAAGCGACCCUAUUCCGAAUGCAGAUCACGAAUUUGCCGUACUUGGCACCGCUGCUCCAGAUUGCAUUCUCUGCAGUGAAGAAAUAAGGGAAGGUAUGGUACAUCUCAUAAGCGGUGGACAUUUCUUGCAUGAUGGAUGUUUUAAUGAGCUAUUUAACGAUCCUCUGGUGCCACAAGCUUGUCCUCAAAAUUGUAAACCUGUGUUUGAGGAGGAUAGAGUUAGACUUAUUCAUCUGGACGUUCAAUCUGAUGACGAUGAUGGUCUCUUCGAGCAUUCUGAUGACGCCUCAGAUGUUGCGGAUGAUGCCGCCAUGGAUGAUGCCGCCGCGGAUGAUGAUGCCGCCAUGGAUGAUGCCGGCGGUGAUGGGAAUGAUGCCGCCCGAUGAGGAUGAUGCCGUUGCGGAUGAUGCCGCCGAGGAUGAUGCUGGCUCUAGUGGUGAUGAGGACUAAUGAUAUAUAUAUUUUUUAGUUAAGGAUUAAUGAUAUUUUGGUAAACUUACAUGUUAAUUACUUAUAUAUGUUUGAGUUUCAUAACUAAAUAUACACUAA